AUGGGAUCUGAGAAAGCAUUUUUAAAAGAAAGUUCAGGUAUUGAUAACAUGAAUCAACUGCAAGAAGAAUUAGACACAAAUAUUUUUACUGUUAAUUUUUCAAAUUUUGGAUAAGACCAGGAUUAAGUAGUUCACUAAGGAGAUCCUUUGUAUUGUUAGAAUUGCAAAGGAAUCUUAAAUAAAUAUUCUAUUCUGUCUCUAUUUAAUAAAAGUGGAAGUUGUCUGUAACUUUCAUGGGAUUGUGAGUUUUGUACUCAUCUCAAUGAGAUUUAAAUCCAGGAUGGUGAUAUUCCAGAAAAAGAAGAAGCCUUGUACUUGAUUUAAAGCCCUUUGAAGUAAUAGAGUUAAAAUUAAGAUAAAACAUCAAUCAUAUUUUGCAUUGAUACAAGCGGUUCAAUGUCAACUACCACUGAAAUUAAAGGAAAAGUAUAAAUCAAAACAGGUCUAACUAAUAAAGAAUAAGAAAUGCUUAAGAAAUUCAUCGAACCGGGAACUGAUGCUCAUUAUCUGAAAAAAUAAAAAUAAAUCAGUUAUGUAUCAAGAAAGCAAUGUCUUCUAUCAGCAAUUGAAUAGCAAAUAUAAAAGUUGUAAAAACAAAACCCAGAGAAAGUUGUAGGAUUGGUAACAUUUAAUAACGAUGUCGUCGUUUAUGGGGAUGGAUCAUAAUAGCCAAUUAAAUUUUAAGAAUAAGAACUAUAUUAAGAAGUCUAAAUUAAAACAGCAUUGAGCAGAUGUGCUAGGUAGAUGAUGUAAAAUCCAAUUAGCAAAUAAGCGGAUAAUAUCAUAGAUAUUUGCUAAUAAUUAUAGGACAAUGGUCAAACUGCUUUGGGUCCAGCUUUAAUUUCUGCUUUGGAAUUGGCAAAAGUAGGAAAACCUGGAUCAAUGAUUAUCAUAUGUACAGAUGGACUGGCAAAUUUAGGGUUGGGUGCAUUAGAUUGUGAAUCAAGUAGAAGAUUAUAUUAAGAGCUUGGAUAAAUGGCAGCUGAAAAAGGAAUAGUGAUAUCACUUGUAACAAUAAAAGGGGAGGGAUGUAAAAUUGAUACUUUAGGAAAAUUGGUUGAAAAAACUAAUGGAAUUGUAACUAGAGUCAAUCCUGAAAAAAUAGGUGAAGAUUUUGCCAAUAUUAUUAAUGAUAUUGUAGUUGGAACAUAAGUUGAAUUAAAAGUAAUUUUGCAUAAGGCUCUAAAAUUCAGAAGGGAAGACUAAUUAAAAGCAGAAAACAAUACAUUAAAGAAAUAUAUAGGAAAUGUUACAAAGUCAACACUUUAAACAUUUGAGUAUGAAUUAAAAUCAGAAUAAGAAUUAAAAAAAGAAAAUAUAGACAUAAAAAAAUUAAAUUAAAUUCCAUUUUAAAUUAGGAUUACUUAUACAAAUUUGAAAGGAGAGAGAAUGAUGAAAGUUGUCACUAAAUUACUCUAAACAACCUAGAAUAAAGUAGAGGCUGAAAAAUCAGCUGAAGUUGAAGUCAUUCAUAAAAGAUUGGCUUAAAAAACUGCAUAAAUAGCCAAAAAAGGAAAUUAUGAAGAAGCUUAGAUAUAUAAUCAAAAUUGGAAUCAAUAUUUGCAAAAAAAUCCUCAUAUUAACAAUAAUUAAAUAAAUUAACAGAAGAAUUAAACUUAUUAAAGACAUAAUUAAAAAUUGUCAAAUGCUAUUAAAAAUUAGGAAGCUCGCUAACAAAAAUCCAUGUGCUUUUAAGAAAUAGAAUAAAAAGGGAGCUCUUUGAAAUAAAAUGUUUAAGAUGUUUAUUUGAAAUAAAUAAAGAAUGAAAAUUCAGAAAAUACUCCAUUUACGGAUUAAAAGUCUAUAUAAACCCCUUAAGAAAAAGAAAAAAUUAGUGAAAGAAUAGAUUAAACUAAAUACACAUCAUAAAAAUUUGACACCCCAGGUUCACAAUCAAGUUCAAAAAGUGAGAUUAAAAAAAUGACACCAAACACUUUUAGUACAAUCGAUUCAAAUUCCUAUAACAGAAAAACUAACUCUAGCCAAAAUUCUAGCUCAUCAAACGAAUCUGAUGAAGAUCAAGAUUAAGCUACUUUGUAUUUUUAUGACAAAGGGUAAUUUUGA